UGUUCGGAAGAGUAUCACCACUCCAAUGACUUUCUCAAACAUUUCUUGAAAAUAUUUGUAACCAUCUCAGAAUAUUAGCUCUUUUUAAAGAUUAAUCUAAGAUUUAAAUUAGAAAAAUAAAAAAGGAACAAAAGGGAUUAGGUGUGGUGUGGUGUGGUGUAGGGUAUGAAAUUCUUGUUGGAGCUCGUCGUGCCUUGUUUUGGUUCGCAGCAGUUCCACCAAUCCGCCGCAACCGCGGAUGAUUCUAUUUCCGGCGAAACGCAGUCGUUAAUGAAACAGCGAAGGAGGCGGAAACGCGUUAGAGUUGCGGGUCAACCGGGCCAAGCGGCGGAGUGGACGCCGUCCCUCAGCGUUAUCUCGGAGCACAAGCCGGCGGUAAAGGAGACAUCGGAAAAGGUGAAAGAGAAGAGGAAAAUCCGUCGUAAAAGUGAUGGUGGCGGUGGAGACGCGUCGUCCCGAUCCGGUGGUGGUCAUGUUCGUUUCCGCAGUGACGAUUUCGGAUAAAGAGAAGAUUACCAGAUAAUCAUGGUAGUUAAGAUGCUGUUUUGUGGAUAAAGAUUCGAUAUAGUUGGAACGUCAACGUCAGCAUGUUAAUGAUUAUCCGAGUAAACAAAGUAGUAAAGUGGCAAGCUAACCAAAAUAAACUUAACGAGAAAUUCUAUAAAUAGAAUCGACAAAAGAUAAAGAUAUGUUAUCAACUUAAUGUUUAGGAAUAUGUAAGUUGUGUGUUUUAUUACUCAAUCAUAAGUUCUUUUAUAUAUGAGAGUUACAAAGAGAUAAAAAAAAAGACAUAAAUAUGGAAAGUGUACAAAUACAAGGAAAAUGAAAUAGAGUUUUCUUUU